GAAAGAAAGAAAGAAAGAAAGUCUUCCAAAUUUCUGUCUCCUCCAAGUUUGCCCUUUUUUCAAAACAGAGUCAUUUCCACUCUGAAACUCCAAAUUUUCCUCUCAAAAUUCUCCCCAUUGAUGGCCCAACCUCUCAUCUCUCCCUCCACCACUCCCCUUCAUUCUUCCAACCCCGUUUCAAGUUUUCCCAUCAUCGCCGUCGCCGUCAUCGGAAUCUGCGCUACCGCGUUUUUACUUGUCAGCUACUACAUCUUCGUCAUCAAAUGCUGUCUCAACUGGCAACGAAUAGAAAUCCUCCGCCGCUUUUCUCUCUCCCGCCGCCGUGAACAGACGUUAAUACUCCGGCAGCAAGCGGAGCCACGUGGGUUAGACCCAUCAACCAUCCAAUCAAUCCCAUUGAUUAAUUACAAAAAACCCAUUAACGAAACUACCACCACAGGGGGCGAAUGCGCCGUUUGUCUGACCGAGUUUCAAACAGAGGAGCAAUUGAGAAAAAUUCCGAUUUGUAGUCAUCUCUUUCAUAUCGACUGCAUCGACAUUUGGCUUCAGAAUAAUUCCAAUUGCCCACUUUGCAGAACCUCAAUCUCCAAUCAAAAUUGGCUGAUUCCGACCAAUCAAGCUCCUUCCGCUCGAGAUUUGGCUCUCAACACCAGCAUCCCCAUUUCCGCCGGCGAUGAGAAUUUCGUUGUGAUUGAACUAGGUGGGAAUCUAGAUCGCUGCCGACCACCGGAGUUGGUAUCCGGUGAGGUGGCAAAAUCGGAGAGGAAGUUUAAGAAGGUAACGAGUAUGGGGGAUGAGUGUAUUAACAUGAGGGAGAAAGAUGAAGAGUUCAUAGUGCAGCCGAUUAGAAGGUCGUUUUCGAUGGAUUCGUCUGGUGACCGGCAGCUGUAUAUGGCGGUGCAAGCGGCGGUGCGGGAGAAGAGUGGUGGUGAGAGUGGGGUCGAGGUUGAGGGUUGUAGUAGCAGAGUAAAACGAUCUUUCUUUUCAUUUGGGAGUGGAAGAGGAUCGAGAAAUGCAGUUUUGCCCAUUCAGUUUCAACCUUAAAACUCCUCUGUUUUGUUGAUUUUUCAUUAUUGUAAUUUGGUAAUUUAGGUUAUAGUAUAUUGUUGAUAAUUUGUUUGAUUUUAUUGGAUAAUUUUUACAUUUUCAUUCUCAUUUGAUGGGGUUUAA